AGGGGGAGCGAGCGAGCGGGCGCUGCCGGGAGCCCGCAGCCCUGGCGCCCGCCGCAGCCCGGAGCCCCGCAAUAUGCCGCCGCGGCCCUCUGGCUCUCGGCCAUGGCGAGGCUCUGCCGGCGCGUCCCUUGCACCCUGCUUCUCGGCCUGGCCGCGGUGCUGCUGAAGGCGCGGCUGGUCCCCGCGGCCGCCAGAGCUGAACUCAGCCGCUCCGACCUCAGCCUCAUCCAACAGCAGCAGCAGCAGCAGCAGCAGCAGCAACAGCAAAAGCAGCUAGAGGAGGCUGAGGAGGAGAGGCCAGAAGUGCCUGGGGCAUCCUCCACCUUGACGGCUCCAGUGUCUGUAUUUAUGCUGAAAGUCCAGGUGAAUGACAUCAUAAGUCGUCAGCACCUGAGCCAAGCAGUUGUAGAAGUGUUUGUAAACUACACGAAAACAAAUUCCACAGUAACUCAAAACAAUGGAGCAGUGUUGAUAAAAGUACCCUACAAAUUAGGACUUAGUUUAACUAUUAUUGCUUACAAAGAUGGCUACGUGUUGACCCCUCUGCCUUGGAAAACCGGAAGAAUGCCAAUAUAUUCAUCAGUUACACUUUCACUGUUCCCGCAAAGCCAAGCAAAUAUAUGGCUAUUUGAAGACACUGUUUUAAUUACUGGAAAAUUAGCUGGUUUCCUUUUUCCAGAUGCCAAAUCUCAACCAAGUGUUCAGUUUUCAAAAGCCUUAAUUAAACUUCCUGACAACCAUCAUAUUAGCAAUGUUACCGGCUAUCUUACAGUUCUACAACAGUUUUUAAAAGUGGACAAUUUUCUAUAUACAACUGGAAUUACACUCAGUAAACCAGGUUUUGAAAACAUUGAAUUGACUCCUCUAGCUGCAAUAUGUGUGAAAAUAUAUUCUGGAGGAAAAGAACUAAAGGUCAAUGGCUCCAUUCAGAUUUCUCUUCCUCUUCUACGUCAGAAUGAUGUAAGUGCAGGAGAUCGCAUACCUGCUUGGACAUUUGAUAUGAACACAGGUGCCUGGGUAAAUCAAGGUCGGGGAAUGGUCAAGGAACAUAACAGUCAUUUAAUGUGGACAUAUGAUGCACCACAUUUGGGCUACUGGAUAGCAGCUCCACUUCCAGGAACUAGAGGUUCAGGCAUAAAUGAAGAUUCCAAGGACAUAACUGCCUACCACACAGUGUUUCUUACAGCCAUAUUAGGAGGAACAAUAGUCAUUGUCAUUGGAUUUUUUGCUGUACUACUUUGUUAUUGCAGGGAUAAAUGUGGUACGUCACAGAAAAGAGAAAGAAAUAUCACUAAACUUGAGGUCCUCAAGAGGGACCAGACCACUUCAACAACACACAUAAAUCAUAUCAGUACAGUUAAAGUUGCAUUAAAAGCUGAGGACAAGGCACAGUUAUUCAAUGCCCAAAACUCCUCAUAUAGUCCUCAGAAAAAGGAACCAUCAAAGGCAGAAACAGAAGAAAGAGUUUCCAUGGUAAAAACUCGAGACGAUUUUAAAAUCUACAAUGAAGAUGUUUCAUUUCUAUCAGUCAAUCAAAAUAAUUACUCAAGAAAUCCAACACAGUCUUUGGAGCCCAAUGUAGGGUCCAAACAACCUAAACAUAUUAACAACAAUCUAUCUUCAUCUCUAGGUGACGCUCAAGAUGAAAAGAGAUAUCUCACAGGUAAUGACGAAGCGUAUGGGCGUUCCCAUAUUCCUGAACAGCUUAUGCAUAUUUACAGCCAGCCCAUUGCCAUCCUUCAAACAUCUGACCUUUUCUCCACUCCAGAACAGUUACAUGCUGCUAAGUCAGCUACUUUGCCAAGAAAGGGACAGUUAGUCUAUGGCCAAUUGAUGGAACCAGUAAAUCGAGAGAACUUUACACAGACAUUGCCCAAAAUGCCAAUUCAUUCUCAUGCACAGCCCCCAGAUGCCAGGGAAGAGGAUAUCAUACUUGAAGGUCAACAGAGCUUGCCAUCCCAGGCUUCAGAUUGGAGCCGAUAUUCAAGCAGCUUACUGGAAUCUGUCUCUGUUCCUGGAACACUAAAUGAGGCUGUUGUAAUGACUCCAUUUUCAUCAGAACUUCAAGGAAUUUCAGAACAGACCCUUCUGGAGCUGUCCAAAGGAAAGCCCUCCCCCCAUCCCAGAGCCUGGUUUGUGUCUCUUGAUGGAAAACCGGUUGCACAAGUGAGGCACUCCUUUAUAGACCUGAAAAAGGGCAAGAGAACCCAGAGCAAUGACACCAGCCUGGACUCUGGUGUGGACAUGAAUGAGCUUCACUCAAGUAGAAAGCUUGAGAGGGAGAAAACAUUUAUCAAAAGCAUGCAUCAGCCCAAGAUCCUUUACUUAGAAGAUUUAGACCUAAGCAGCAGUGAGAGUGGAACCACAGUCUGUUCCCCUGAGGACCCAGCUUUAAGGCACAUCCUAGAUGGAGGGAGUGGAGUGAUCAUGGAGCACCCUGGGGAAGAGUCCCCAGGAAGGAAAAGCACCGUUGAAGAUUUUGAAGCUAAUACAUCCCCCACUAAAAGAAGGGGCAGACCACCACUAGCCAAAAGAGAUAGCAAGACUAAUAUCUGGAAGAAGCGAGAGGAACGCCCACUGAUUCCCAUAAAUUAACUCCAGCAGGGGUUGUGUGUCUGCUGUGUUGUGGUGUUUAUUCUUGCUUCUUGUUGUAAAUUGCAGUAUGAACAUAGGAAGUUGAGACUGAGAAAUCUCAUGGUUCUUGGACAUGUCUCAAGCAGAGUAAAUGGUAAUUUAGUAAUCGGAGAGAAAGAUACCAAGGAAUGCUUUUUCUGGCCUAUUCAUUUAUUUUUUUGAUGAACUUAUUAUAUCCAAGUUUUCAAAAUGUAAAAUAGCAUCAACAUAUUAGGUAUCUGAAAAUGUUGCUCAGCCAGCCAGUUUGGCCUUGACUCUCUUAAGAAUAACAGUGAAACAUAUACUCCUCAAGUUGCCUCCAAAAAUGUUGCCUCUACCAUGGUUACUACACCAUGGAACAUUUAAAACAAAACUGUCUUCAGGCAUCAUAUUCUUUUAAAUGUUACUAUUAUGUCCUCUUCUGCCUAUACUCAAAAAUAACUUGAUAAAUGACCUCGACUGAUGUUACUCUGGAGUUAUCUCAAAGAAAAUGUUGUUUGAUCUUUAAACAAACAGCAUGUGUAUUGUAUCAUCCCAAAUAUAAAUCACACGUUCAUGUAAGAUGGGAAAUAAGCUACUUGAUCAUUAGAGGGACACACCAGCUCUUUGGUUGUUUUUGGAUAUAAAUUCACAAAAUGAGGUGUUAAUUUUUAAUUUAGAAAUUUGAGAAAGUCAUGCUCUAAUACUGAGUUUUUAAAAAUCAUUUUUUCUUCCCCUCAACAAUGAAGCAAGUUUAGCUGUCAAGGAAAACUUUUUACAAAUCUGAAAAAACAAUCUGUGACUUUGGUUUAAGGCUCACGGGUACUUUCAGGCUAGAUUGGAUGUAAUAUAUUUCUUCUAUUCUAAAAACCAGAACUCAGUCACUUAAAGGCUAUGAAAUAAAAAAAAAAAUCAACAAUGUGAAAGUUUUUUGAACACUAAAAUUUAAUUAAAUAUGUGGAGAUAAAAUAAACAUUGAUUUUUUUUUCUUAACUAUUGAUGACAAGAAAAAGAAAUGCCAUUUUCCUGAAGCUCAAAAAUACCUUCAGGAUAGUAGCUGUAUAUCCAGAUACUGAUUUGCAUAAAAGAUGUUUGAGGAAAACAGUUUCAAUUUCAGGGCAAAAGUAAGUUUUUCCUUAAGUCACUCAUAGCCUUUGCAACUUCUUUUUUCAGUUUGUAAGUAAUGUAUCUAUAUUAUUUUCAUCAUAGCAAGUGUUCAAUGGGAACAACUGUUUUUAGUUAUGUUUUUAACUCUGAAUUAUCAUUUAUACGUCCUAAAAAUAAAAGCUCAUUAUUCAUUAAAAUCACCUGAUCCCAUUUUUCUUAAAAUUUCCCUGAAGGCAAAUGUCUGAAGCACCUUUCCCUUGAGGUGGGUGGGGAAUUCUAAAUUGCUUCGUUUUUCAUUCCCUACUCUUCAAUAUGGGAGCAACAUGGAGACCCAAACCAUGUAAACAAAUUCAGUGAACCAAAAUAGCCACAUUAGCUUCAGUAAAAUUGUGGCUAGAUGUGCAAUGACAGACAACAGCUUUUGUCCCCAAGAUCUUAGAUGUCAGCCAUUUCUUUCCUGCAACAUCUAACCUGUCAACAUCCUACCAUUCUGUAUAAACCCAAAGAACAUAAAAACCCUAGGAAAUAUUUGCCAUAUAUUACCCCAAUCCAUAGAAGAAAUAAAUGUCAUGGGUAAUACCUAGGCUU